AGCUUUGUACGGUUAAUUAGCUUUUAUAAUGCAGGUUCUGUAGCAAUGCUAAUGUAUUUUCUGCAUGCUUCUUACUAGGUCUGCGCUGUAAGGUGAUCAAUGCGAAGAAAGAGGUGAGCUCACAAACGCAGUGAAAACGGGGCAGAAAGCAGUGACUGAUAACAUCCAGAAUCUCCAAAAAUUGCCCAUAGAUUUGGUUCCAGAAUGCUGCGAGAAGCUUCCACUACACUUCAAGAAUGGUUGGAGCAAUCCUGGCCUCAGGAUAAAAUCUAUCUUCAUACUGCCGUGGUUCUGAUCUGUGGUUCAACAGCAGCUUGUUUGGUACUGAAAUGGUUAGGCCAGAAAAGGAUUAAAAAACAAAUAGAAGAAACAAGAAGGCAAAGGGAUCGAGGCUUUAUAGAAAUGGAAAAAUCAGUGCAGACAUUUAAAAGCCAGAACCCUGGGUUACCAAGUGAUGAGAUCCUUUCUCUACCUCUGGUUGAACUGGUUGAAAAGCUGAAAGAAGACACUUUGUCUCCGGAUGUUGUCCUCUACACCUACAUGGAAAAGGCUUUAACAGUUACCAAGGAGGUGAAUUGUGUGCGCCAUUUUAUUCCAGAAUGUGAGCCCUUUCUUCAGCAACUGAAAACCCAGAAGGAAAAAGGUUUAUUGUAUGGGGUACCUGUCAGCAUCAAGGACCACAUUGCAUACAAGGGCCAUUUGACAACAUGUGGCUUUUCUCAUUUUCUUGAUGUGGAAGAAGAAGACAGUGUGUUGGUCAAGGUGUUAAAGAAACAGGGAGCAAAUCCAUUUGUAUUCACCAAUGUGCCACAAUCUUUAUUCAACUAUGACUGCAGCAAUGUAGUUUUUGGGCAGACUGUGAACCCUUUUGAUCAUAAGAGAACUCCAGGGGGUUCAUCUGGAGGGGAAGGGGCUCUAAUUGCUGGAGGAGGCUCCAUUUUGGGAUUUGGAUCAGAUUUGGGUGGAAGUAUCCGUCUACCCUCCAGCUUCUGUGGUCUUUGUGGGCUGAAGCCAACCGCAGGUAGAUUGAGUGUUUCUGGAGUAAAGGAGCCUUUUCAUCUUCUGUUAAUUUUAGGAACAAUAGGACCAAUGGCAAAGGAUGUGGAUAGCCUUGCUCUGUGUAUGAAGGCUCUCUUAUGUGAUUACAUGUUCCAGCUGGAUCCCACUGUGCCACCUAUGCCAUUCAAUGAAGAGAUUUAUUCAAGCUCUACACCUCUACGGAUUGGGUAUUAUGACACAGAUGGCUACUUCUUGCUCCCACCCUGCAUGAGAAGGGCUGUGCAUAAAACCAGGAAGCUUCUCCAGGAAGCUGGACAUACACUAGUUCCCUUCAACCCACCUUCUGUGGAUUAUUUUAUCGAUGAAAUUUAUCUGAGAGGUGCUUUUGGAGAUGGAGGCUCAAGUUUGUUGGCCUUGUUUCAAAAAGACAUAGUGGAUCCAGCUUUGAAAGAACAAGUGAAAAUCCUUAAAAUCCCAACGUUGGUGAAGAAAGUUUUGGCCAAGUUCACCAAGAUCUGGUUUCCCCGACUGGCUGGGCACCUGGACGCAUUGUGUGGAGUGAGGAAUGUGAAGGACCUAUGGGAGAUCCAUAAUGAAUUGAUGGUCUAUCAGAAAAAGUUUAUUGAGCAUUGGAAAAAAGACAAGCUUGAUGUUGUCCUGUGCCCAGUUCUGGGCCCCGCCUUCUUUCUUGGAUAUCCUUCAAAAAUACUUGCAGCUAUCUCUAAUACCAUGCUGUACAAUGGUUUGAAUUUCCCUGCUGGAGUUGUACCUGUCACCACAGUUACAGAAGCCGAUGAAGAAGAGCUGGCACAGCACCGAGGAAUCUAUGGUGACUACUGGGAUAGGAUCCUGAAACAGGCAGUCAAAGAUGCUGUUGGACUUCCUGUGGCAGUUCAAUGUGUAGCUUUACCAUGGCAGGAGGAAUUAUGCCUUCGGUUCAUGAAAGAAGUUGAGAUGCUGUCUAACAAAGAGCAACAGAAGAAAGUCCUUUGAAUCUGAGAGGCAAGUUGCAGAUCAAUGAUGCAUCUGGACUUAUAAAAAUGAUAGAAUAUCAAGGAAUGUCUGACACAAGUUUGAUCCCAGAAUAUUCAUUGUUCGGUCAAAGGGGUCAUCUUUUGAAUAAAUUAUUCACCUCUGCAAA